UCUUCCUGCAAAACCUUUCUCUCACCACCUUCUCUCUCUCUCUCUCUCUCUAAGAUGGCCAGAGCAUUUCUUCUCCUUCUUCAGCUCCUGCUAGCUUCGAGCUUCUUCUUCGCCCUGUCCUCCCAUGGCGAAGAGCUCGAGGAAGCAGUAACCAGCGACGCCGUGACCCCCCCGGUCCACUCCCCGCCGCGUCGCCGAGCCACCACCACCCCCACCACCACCACCACCUCGCCCCCGCCCCCGUCCCCUCCGCCGCCCAUGCGCCGGCCCCGCACCACCACCACCACCACCACCACCACGCCCCCGCGCCGGUCCCCGCCCCCGUGGCUCACCCUCCCUCCCACGCGCCGGCCCACGCGCCGCCCCGCAUGCCGGUACCCCCCGGCCCACCCUCCCAUGGGCCCCACGGGCCGGCGGUUCAUUGCCGUCCAAGGGGUGGUCUACUGCAAGUCGUGCAAGUACUCCGGGGUCGAAACUCUCUUGGGAGCUACUCCACUUCUUGGUGCCGUCGUGAAGCUGGAAUGCAACAACACCAAGUACCGGCCCACCGUGCAGACGGCCAAGACCGACAAGAACGGCUACUUCUUCCUCGUGGCGCCCAAGACCAUCACCACCUACGCCUUCCACAAGUGCAAGGCGUCCCUCGCCUCGUCGCCGCUCCCCUCGUGCCAGAAGCCCUCCGCCCUCCACGGCGGCUCCGCCGGCGCGGUCCUCAAGCCCGAGAAGCCCAUCAUGAUCGGCAAUCUCCCCUUCACGGUCUUCACCGUCGGCCCCUUCGCCUUCGAGCCGCAGUGCAAGCACUGAAGCUGCUGGCCGGCUCCGAUGUUCCGUACCGUCGUGUGAUCCUCUGGUGAUGUGUUAAUGAAAAAGCUUCCGUGUCUGAGAGACUUCGGAUCCUGUGUAGGGUUUUCUUUAGAAGGUUGAAGAUGAUUGAUGUUGUUUGAUGACGAUAGUGAGUGAAGUUCAGUGACUGGCUUAA